UCGUUGGCGUACUAAGAGUGCCCACUGCGUUCACCGACUGUGAAUUUAGCCAGUUGUUGGUUUAUGCCGCUUUAUUAGCAUUGUAGUUUUCAGUUAUCGUUAACUUUUAUUAACUAGAUUGUAUAGAUUUUCUAAAGAAUUUGUUUACAAAAAUGCCUAAAGGAGGUAGAAAAGGUGGCCACAAGGGUCGCAUGCGGACUUACACCAGCCCCGAGGAAAUAGAUGCUCAGAUGAAAGCAGAAAAGGAGAGGAAAAAGCAUGAGCAAGAAGAGGGGGAAGAUGAUGAAGGAGCAGCGAAGAAAGACGCAUCUGAGGAUAAACUACCAGGAUCUGGUUCAGAUGACAGUGAUGAUGAUGACUCUGAGAGGAAAAAGACGGGCGUGGAAGGGUUGAUAGAAAUCGAGAAUCCUAACAGGGUGGCUCAGAAGUCCAAAAAGGUGACGCAGAUUGAACUGGAUGAACCUCGGCAGUUAUCUAGGAGAGAGAGGUUUGUCUCCGCCAACAUUCAGCAAGAACUUUGGUUUAGUUUGAAAAAUAAAUUAAUUUUGCCUUCAAAGCAAUACGUUAUAACAGAGAGUCCCAAUAGUUCAAAUUGGAACUCCAGCUGCAAUAUAGUAGAAUAUUAUUGUUUAAAAAAUCUCACAGUCGUGGUUGUUCACAGCUUUUCUCUUUUUUUCUUGUACAGGGAAGAAAUUGAGAAACAGAAAGCAAAAGAGCGCUACAUGAAGAUGCAUUUGGCGGGGAAGACUGACCAGGCAAAAGCUGACCUUGCUCGCCUCGCCAUUAUUAGAAAACAGAGAGAGGAGGCAGCAAAAAAGAAAGAUGAGGAGAAGAAAGCUAAAGAGGCGGCGGUGGCAGCGGCAGCAGCAGCGAGAGGAAUGAACUCUCUCUCUCUAAAAUGAUGCAGAGUUCUUAUCUGAAAGAUUUUCACCUGUUCAUGGACUGGCUCAGUAUAUAUUUGACUAUUUUUAAAGGAAGUUCUAUGAAGAGUGUUUGACAUUACUGUAUCUAUGAACAUUUCGGAAACGGUCGAGGUGCCACCAGUGGAGAGGAGUUGUGCACCGGAGUAAUGACCUCAGGCCCUUCAGGAAGUAAAGCUACAAACGACAAUACAUCAGUCUUCACCUACACUUCGAAUGAUUCAUGAUUUAUUUCAUGCUCAACUUAUACUCGUUGUAUAAUUCCAACUUUGCUAAUUGAGCUUUGCCACUUUUUUUUUUGAACUUGCAUUGUAUAUAACUAACUCAUGGGAAAUAUUUCAAAUUAAUAUGAUAAAAAGUCAAACCUGUAAACUCUUCUGCUUGAUUUUGUAACAGACCUCUGCUCUCUGUAAAUCUGAAUAAGUCUUUUUUUUAGUCUUAAAGUCCUGCAGCCAC